GAAUGUGCACAGUUAGCCACUGAGAUCCAGCUUGCUGUUACGCAUACACCUCCUGGCGAGAUGACGAAACCCAGCCGGCCUUGACGAGAAGAAUGCUCACACACAUGCGAGGGAGAUCCAGCCCACUGUUAAUUUACAUGCACAGACAGGCACAUUGGGUGUUGUUAUCUUGUACAGUAAAUUAUUCACUAUAUAACCGACUCACCGUAUGAAACAAGUACACAUUCAAGUACGUAUGUGCUCUACUUGGUGUUGGGGAUUUUCUAUUUGCUACUGUAAUAGGUCAGCCCAAACCUUCCAAUAAUCAUCUGACCAGCUGAAGCACAAAAUUAAUAUCCUCGUGAGAGAUUUUGAUGCCAUCAUGAGUAGAAAUGACUUUAACACAGUCAGCGCUUGUGAGGACUUUGGUCUUAGUCCACUAGUCUUGUGACGCUACGGAAGGGAUUCAGAUCGACUCGAGGAGUAGAGUGACAUCGCCAAAGAACACCAGACACACUGGAAAAUAGCCCAAAAUUGUAGGAGGUUUAAUCGACCAUGGAAAUGAAGAGCAUGCUGACGCGUAGCCAUUCCCUACGUAGCGUCCACUCAUCAUACGACAAGCCAGCCAGGAUGGAUCCCAGGAUUCUCAGCAGGACAGUGUCCGUGUCCAAGUUGGUCGAAAGAUUUCAAGCUACAACCGGAGAUGCUCACAUCACUUCAAAAGAAAAUGGUGACACAAAAGCGAAGCCAUCCCUUCAAGAGAAUACAGCGACGACUCCACCCAUGAACAGUCCACAGGAAAACAAAGCGCCUCAGCUGCAGCCUCCGAAGACCAGAAGCGACAAAUGGGAACGUUCUUUGCCUGAAAUCAGUUUGAGUCGGAGCAAGUCGAUGGGGAACCUUCAAAACAACUCCAACGGGUCAAUCGAGUCCCUGAAGGCACAUUUUGAGUCAAGAAAUAAGCCGGCAAGCAAUUUCAAAUUGGCAGACGAGGUAAGGCCUUCCAGAGAUGCCAAGCCAGUGAUGGAUGGAGAGAUCAAGAAGUUAGCAGAGGAGCAGAAGGCAGUGCAUCCCAGCAAGAAUGAUGCAAAGGAAAGGAAUGCUCCACAAAAGGUGGUGAUGCAAACCCAGACAGAAAGAAAGAAAACAAUUGGAGGUACCAAUGUUGAAAGAACUGUGAUCUCUGAAGCCGAUGAAAAACAGAGGUCAGUCGCCGACUUCAGAGAAAACUCCUUUGUCCAAGAGAGGGAGAAACUGUGUGUUUCUGUCAAAGCUUUGUCUGCGCUCUAUCUGUCCAAAUUGGCAACUCAGGAAGCAAAGCAGAGAGUUUUAAAACCGGCACAAGAUCAGCCAUCUGAAACUGGGAAACAAGUGAAACAAAUAAAGAUGGCCGAAGAAAACCUACUAAAAAGAGAAGACCACUGUCGGCUAGGACCAGAGGACAACCCUGAGACACAGUCACAACAAUUCUUGCUAUCCCAAACGUGCAAAGAAAGGCUGUACCAACAGCGGCAAAAAUGUGAGCUGAGAAGACUCCUGAAGCACACGCACCCCGAGCUGAAGAUGCUGGAUGAGGUCGUAGACGAGGAGCUUGCCGAGGUCUUGAGCUCGGAGACGGAGGUGACAGCUGAUGAAACAGGAUAUGAGGGAGAGGUCCGCUCCAGACGGCUGAUAUUCGAGAACUGUUCCCAGAGUGAUAAAGUGUCAGUUUACACCCCCAGGAUGCAUAUGACUGAGGAAAUAGUCGAAAAAGGCAACAUCAGUAAAACAUCAGCUGUUUUUGAGCACCCGGACAAGAGGCCUUCUGUUGACCAAACAGUGGCCUCAAGUCCCAAGCCCACAAAAGAGUGUGAGGAGGAUGUUAUCAGAAUAGAUGUCCAGGCAACCAGAAAGAUAUUUGAGAGUCCGUGUGUGGAUACACCCCAGUCAAGUCCAGAUAACGUUCAGGGUAAGGUUGUCACUCCUGGUGCUUUGACUGGCUUAGUCCAAAAACAAGGGAGGGAGAAAUGUGACCACCAGAAUCUACAGCACCAAGAAAAAUCCAGCAAUGUGAAUUGGACAGAACAACCCAAACAAAGGCUCUGCGAUUUUAAUCAUAGCACAGUGAAGGUAGAUGAUGAAUCAUCCAGUCUUGAAGUUAAAGAAGAACAUAAGGACAGUAUAAAAACCAGGGCAUCUCUUAUGCAAAACAAUCCAUUCAUAUCUAAAAACAUAGAACAUUUCUAUGCCCAUAUGGCAAACCCCAAAAUAACAGCAGAUGAUGACUGUGCCGCCAAGGUCAAGAAUAAAGCCCAUUUGUUUGAAUCCAUGCCAUUUGACAAAAUCAGACAUCAAAACAAGGACGAAGUGGAGACAAUGGUAGAGACACUCAAGGAAUCACUGAGCUCUCUUCAUCACUUUAACGUCAUUCAUGCAGAUGGCUCGAUCAUCGAGGUGAACGAGACCAUGCGAGCUAAAAAGGCCAAGUACGCAUUAUCAGAGAGUGGAGCCGAGAUCACUUAUAAUGAGGUGUCUGAAGGUAAUUUUCAAAAUCUCAUACUCCGUGUGCUACCACGAGCAAACCUAAAGCCUCAGGUCACUUACUUAACGGAGGCCUGUAGUGGAGUCAUUAAAAGAACAUUGGUCAACGUACCCGUACACCCGCAUCAGUUCACUGGUAGGCAGGACACAGAGUGUAACACUGCCAAUGUGGUUCAACUUGUGGAGGAUAUUCUUAAUCAAGACAACUCUCUGAGGAAAGGAGCGAUUAUCCAGGAGGCCUCUGACAAAUCUGCAGACAUUAUUGUUUACUCCCUCCACAAGUAUUUAGAUGAGGAAGACGUGAGACGAUAUUGUCCUCGAGAGUAUUUGGCAAGAACGAAUGAAAGAAUAUCACCCCUAAUCUCUCCAGACAGCAUCUGUCAAGAAUCAGUCAGCCCUGAAGUGACAAUGAAGCGAUUUAAGAGUUGUAUCGAAAAGGGCGACUUGGAGGAUCUGAAAACUCUUCAGGCAAAGUCAGUGGUUGAAGAACAGGAAGUUCCUCUUAAACAGAUGAUGGGACAAUGCACUGAUACUGAUCCUGAACAGAGAGGUGAUCUUGCAGAUGAGGGUACUCCAGAGUGGGCACCGGUGGACAUAAAGAGACUGAGAAACAUUUUCUCUGGAGAUCAAAUCCAAAGCCAGUCCAAUAAAAUUGCCAAUAAAGAUCUUUCUAGUUCAACCACUAUGUUAAAGUCUUUCACAAGACAAAAUGUGACCCUUGAUAAUAUUCACCCAUCUCCAGUGAAUUACUGUGAUGUUCCCACUGAAAGACGAGCUCGAGAUAAAAUGGUCGCGUGUGACAGCCAAGCUCAUGAAGAAUCAAAGGAUUCCCUCAGUCUCGUACAAUCUGAGAAUCAGUGUAGGGACCGAGUUGUCCAGGCUGAAUCAAUCGAGGUUGUAGAUGAUAAUAAUGAUGAAGAAAUUUCAAAAAUCCAAAAUGCGAUCCAUUGCCUCCAAGAAGCCACAAUGGAAGCGCGAUUGUUACACCAUUUAUCUCAAGAAAAACAGAAAAACAAAUCGAUACAAUCUAUUGAGCGACCAAUUAUCUCAGCACAAGAUAUCAAUUCACAGGUAAUACACCAGGAACCCAACACAUCGCCCCGUAACAGUGGAAAAUCAGAGGAAAUGUGUUUGAGGAUCAAUUCAGUCCCAGAUAUUAAACAUGAAACUGAGUGCCUUAAUCAAAUUGUUUCAGAGGAAAUCCACACAGCUACAAGCAAUAAAAACAUAAAUAGCACAGAGGAGGUCCCGGUACAACAUUUUCAAGCUGCUGUGCUUUCUCCAGAUAGUUCAGAAAAACAACAUGGGGAAGAGGAAAUUGUCUUUCAGGGUAAACUCAAAUCAGCAUUGGAUUCCUUAGCGAGGUCCAACAUUAAUGUCACCAGAGGAGAUUUCAAAGCAGCUAUGAUAUACCGGAACUCCUCAAAACCUUCCAAAGAAAUAGUGAAAAAUGUAGCAGUUUUUCCUGAUAAGGCAAUCAACCAAGAUGUUUGUGCUAUGGCAUCCCAAACUCAAGUGUGUCCGAACAAGGUCAUCGAAGCGGGAACAAGUACUGCGAAUGCAAAGUCAAUCAGCACUGCGCCGCAGAAAAGUAGAAGACCUGUUGGACCAAAGCCAACCAUCCCUCCAAAGCCUGAUCAUUUGAAAAUCAAACUACAAAAAAACCAUUCAAACAACACAGAAAACUCAUUAAAGCUAUUAAUAGACAAAAAUUAUACAGAUACUGCCAAACGAACUGAAAUUAUGUCUAAAAUAAACACUGGUUUAGAGUCAGAACAUGAUGUAGUGAGCCACAGAAGGUUGGGUGAAGGAUUACAAAACCCUCAGGAUUUUCCCAAAGAACAACUCCAUGGCUCACUUAUCCCCAUGGGUAAAAAUGACAAAGACAACCUGCAAGGAGAGAUAAAGGAACCAGCCCAGCGGAAAGUCUCCCAGGACAUCCUGAUUAAAGAAAAGAUGACUGAAACAGAGGAAGCCCAUUUAGAUUUCAAAGAGGCAUGCAAAAAAUUUGGGAGUACAAAUGAUCUUCCAAAAAAUAGACCUCUUAUUAAACCCAAAAGAGUGAAAAUAGCUCAAUGUGACAAUCAAAUGUCACCCAUUCCUGCACAGGUAGGUGCAGAACCACAACCUCCGUUAUUCUGUGCAGUAAUCCAAGGCAACAAAAAAGAUGCUAAAGAUGAGCAAGAAAUUAAACAGGAAGGCAAGUUCGAGUUGAGGGCAAAGAAGGGAAGGACGGAGACGGAGGAUGAACGCCGUCAGCGUCUGUCGGUCCACAUGGACGAGAUCUUGCGGGGCAACACCGAGGCUGCCAUGGAGAUUUUCGACAACUUGCGAAAGCAAGAGGAGCUGCGGGGCAUCCUCAGUCGAGUUGAAGAGAUCGGGGAGGACACGAGCAAGGUUGACGUGAGGUCGCUGCGAAAAGUGUUCGAGAACGUCCCCGACUGGGUGGUACCCUCAAACAAAAAGAAGCUAAAGCAAGCGAAAGCAGAACACAAAGAGGAGACAAAGACGCCAUUAGCAACAGCGAGUAAGUCCUCGAUGGCACAAGUUUUUGGAGAUCUCGAAAGAGCCAGUGAGGAAAUUAUGACUCUUAAAGAACAGACGUUAGCACGGCUUGUUGACAUUGAGGAAGCCAUCAAGAAGGCGCUUUAUUCUGUCUCUGCUUUAAAAUCAGAGUCUGAUAUUACUGGUCUAUCAUGCCUGUUCAAGGAGUCGUUAGGAAGUGUGCAACGAUCCCCAGCGUCUGGUAACAUUAGCAGAAUAAGCAUCGGCUCAGGCAAAAUGGCAUCCCUGCAGAUAAAAGAAGACCCCACAGCUCCACCUGGUGGCCAGAAUGCAAGCGCUGAAAGAACCCCAAAGUUCAGAGAAGGUCCUCAAUGUACACCGGCUUUCAUCUCUAUCCAGUCAGCUUCAGACAAACCAGAACUUCUGCCCAAAGAGACUACAAUCUGCCCAACUUGCCAGCACAGCCCAGAGAAAUUCCGCUCGGCCAAACUGCUUCAGUGCAACGGCCCUGCUCUAAACAGAGAAGAGCCCGCUGACUGCUUCCCGCAACGAGAGAUCAGUGUACUCGAGGUACAAACGGACCUGGAGGGGAGCAGAAUCUUGGGCACAAAGACAGUCACAGAAAACUACGAGAGGACGGACACCCACGGCAACAGGAUUUACUCUUCGACCACCACCGUUGUCACCACUCAGCCGGAAACCAAAACGUCUACCACAGAUCUCAAGCCAGCUUUGCAUCAGCUCGCUACAUACCCGGAGGUUCUGCUGCCUGUUAACCAAAAUCCGUAAUGCGAGAACACUACUUUUCUAGGUGAUUUCUUACCAUUUACGAUGACUGUUGUGUACAGAAUUUUUGUUGGGUUUCAUAUUGAUGUUGGGAUGCACUGCUGUUGUUUUUAGACAAAUACAGAUGAUUGGUUUUCAA